CCUGCCAGCAGGCAAAAGUCCUCUGUAGGGAAAUCACUUAUUCAUUCAUUCAUUUGUUGUUUGACUUGAUUUUAUGAUUUAAAGGCUGAAAGAAGCAGGAGAGACUUCCUGCAGAAUCCUGAUGGCAUCAUCAUAAAUGACUGUGAGAUCCCAGCUGCAGGACCAGGGUUGGUUCUAUGAAGUUUGACCCUGCCGGCUUCCCAUAAAUCAUUAACUGGUUUCCGUUUGUCUCGUUGCCUGGAGACGGUUCCAAUAGCCGUUGCUAUAGAAACCACAACAGAACGGACCGGCAGCUCAGAGAUCCGACUGACAGUUCCCAGAUGUCGGCCGUCGGUGGGAAGCCCAGUGUGAGGCACAGCGUGUCCGCGUGGCACGACAACAACCAUCAGCUGUUCGCCACCGCGCAACACGAGCGAAAGGUCUCCAGCGCCAUCCGACAGGAGGGUCGCUCGCUCCGCAGCGAGACCAGCAGCAGGACGGCGUGGGAUGAGAGCGACACGUCUCGCCGACUCAGCGAGCGGGUUUGGGACGUGGCUCGGUGGAAGGACGUGUUGGAGAGAUGUGCUCAGAAGGUGGACGAGGAAAUGGAAGCUCUGACGCUGUCCAAAGAGCAGACCGAGAUGGUUCUGGCCGCCACCGCCGUACCCUUGGAGGUGAGCUCUGAGUGCCUGACGCUGAGGGAGGGCCGGCAGGGCCCCGAGCUGGUCCACGACCCGGUGGAGGAGCAGCUGAAGAAGGAGGUGGAGCUGAUUGAAGGAGUCCAGCGACGUCUGCAGCAGAACAUCCAUCAGGUCUUCGAGCAGCUCUGCAUUCUGCAAGAGAUUCGACACCAGCUGACCUCUGACCUCCAGAACAAGAUGGAUGCUCUGGAUAUUGACAUGUCCUGCCUGUCGCUCAACAUCAAGUCACCUGACAUCUCUCUGAAGACAAACCCGACCCGGAUACCGCCAGGUUCCUCCACCCCCCAGGAGUGGGUGCAGUUCAGCCACUUUAACGUGGCGCGAGCGCACGAGGCCAUGCAGGCGUCUCAGCGCAUGAGGGAGGACACGAGUCUGGCUGCAGCUCAGAUGAACAACGAGCUGGAGACCCAACGCAGAGCCACAGAGUUUGCGCUCCGUAAGCGGACCCACCAGCAGGAGCAGGCCCGAGACCAGCUGCUGUGGCAGAUAAAGAACACUGAAGAGGAGAUGACGUACAUGGAGACUGACAUCCGUGGUCUGGAUGCAGACCUGCAGGCCAAGGCGGCCUCCCUGAAGCUGGCUCACACCCGGCUGGAGAGCAGAACCCGGCGCCCCGGUGUGGACCUGUGCAGGGACCAGGUGCAGCACGGACUCGUAGCUGAAGUCCAGCAGCUGGAGACCACCAUCCAGACCCUGAAGCAGAAGCUCUCUGAAGCUCAACUCUCUCUGCAGAAGAUGAAGCUCCACCACAGCCGCAUGCUGCAGGAUCUCUCCAGGAAACAGGAAGCGCUUUCCCUGGAGCAGCGAAGCUCCAACACCCGGGCCCGCCUCAGACCGACCCCCAGCACCGAUAAAACCCCGGUACCGCUGGUCCCACUCGCAAACUCCAGUGGGAGGAGCAACCUGCAGCCCAUGGCUCAGUGAGGAGGGAAAAGCCUCCAAACGGGAAUCCCCUUUAGGCCGGUGUCCGAUACCGGCAGGACCGAUAUCCGCCUUUUCUCUGUGCAUCCCUAAUAAAAACUUCCUUUAUUCGUUCA